GUAUUAUUUACUCCACUUUUAGUUGAACGCAACGAAACCCUACGGCGCGUGUUGAGAAUCGUAGUCGUGAAAAUCAAACCAAAAUCAUAGAAAGCCCGCGAAUCUGCAUCGGUAUAUCUUGGGCCUCAAGCUAUAGUCGGAAUGGGUACACCAUUGGUAGCAGGACUUGCAGUUGCUGCUGCUGCUCUUGCUGGUAGAUAUGGAAUUCAGGCUUGGCAAGCAUUCAAGGCAAGACCACCUACAUUACGCAAGUUUUAUGAAGGUGGUUUCCAGCCCACAAUGACAAGGAGGGAAGCAGCUCUUAUUCUUGGAAUCAGGGAAAGCACUCCAGCAGAUAAGGUCAAGGAAGCACAUAGGAAGGUGAUGGUUGCAAAUCACCCUGAUGCAGGUGGCAGCCAUUACCUUGCCUCAAAAAUUAAUGAAGCAAAGGAUAUGAUGCUUGGAAAGACCAGAGGAAGUGAGUCAGCCUUUUGAUGACCCUAAUUUGUCCCGUCUCUGCAUUGUCCUUCCACCAAAUUUCUAAGGAAGAAUAGUUUUAAGAGUGAGAAACUCCUGUAGUUGAACGUCUUCACCCUUUUCAGAUGACCAUGGUGUCCUAGUAUUCAUACCAAAUCUUUUUGAGUAAUAAAACAGAAAGUGAGGGGUUUUUGUUCAAUCAAUUCUUUCAGACCCAAUAGUUGUACAUUAUUUGGAAAGUUCAGUGCCCUUUAUUGAGUGUGAGAAACACCUGCGGGCUGACUUUUCACGAGUGUAACACAAUCAAAUAUUGAUUGCCAUUAUGAAGCUUAGCAUGGUGCAGUUUGCUUGUAUGUGAAACAAUUUCCUCCUGCUUUAGCUUAAAUACGAGAAGCCAACGUGCAUGUGUUUGGGCA